GCUCUGCCCCACAACUGACCCUACAGCUGUAUAUUACCGUCUUGCAGCAGAACAUCACUACUGGAAGAUGCCAGAAGAGCCGUGGAGUUCAUCCGAUCUCUUCAAGCAAGCGUCAUGGCUGGAAGAAGACACAGAGGCUCCAGCAGAAGCAACACCUCCAGCAGACGCAACACCUCCCGCUCCACCAGAGCAGAGCUCCAAUUUCCUGUUAGCCGGGUAGACCACUACCUGCGAGAGGGCAACUAUUCCCGCCGCCUGAGCUCUUCUGCACCAGUAUUUCUAGCCGGUGUGCUCGAGUACAUUGCUUCGAACAUCCUUGAUCUGGCUGGUGAGGAGGCCCACGCCAACGGCAGGAAGCGCAUCUCCCCAGAACACGUGUAUCAAGUGGUAGAGAACAACCAGCAGCUCCACGAACUCUUUGGAAACCCCAGAUCUCUGGGUGAAGAGAUGUCAGAACUCAGUGAGGACUGAUGGUGCCUAGGUCUCGAAGGUUGGAAGAUCUACCACCCCUUCAACCUCAACCAGUCACAAUGUUGUUCUAGCUGGGGGACUAAUCAAACAUGCUAUUAAAGCAUCUAAACUGAA